UCUGUCUCUCCUGUGCCUCCGUAGUUAUGGUUUGUUCCUUUUUCCGGACGGUGUGUUGUUUAGUUAACGUUAGCUAGCCUACCUCAUAACGCCAAACGAAUUGUAAUGGUAACGUGUAAGAGGUCAUUUCAACAGUUUUAAACAUGUCAGAGAAAGGCGAAGUGGACUUAACUGGUGCUAAACAGAACACGGGCGUGUGGCUGGUAAAGGUGCCCAAAUACCUGUCACAGCAAUGGGCCAAAGCAUCAGGAAGAGGAGAGGUGGGGAAGCUCCGGAUCGGCAAGAACCAAGGGAAAGCAGAGGUGGCAUUCACUCUGAACGAAGACCUGACCAUGAUUGACAGCCUCGGGGACAAGCCAUCGGGGGUGCAGGCCCCCAGGGACCACCCGUUCACCAUGCAGACUGUAGGAGGACAGACCCUGGCCGUGUUCACUGAGACCCAGUCAGGUAAGGAACAGUUACCUGGCCUCCAGCUGUAAACAUGAUGAAGAAGAAGAAGAAAGAACAGUGUCUAUUUUGGUGCACUCAGGAGCUGUGUGCUAAAUGGCACC